AUGUAUGAACGCCACAAGAGGCGAUACAGCCUGUGCGACAUUUCCAAGGUGGACAGGACUGUAGAUGUUGUGUUGUUAAAGAUAAACCGCGAAAGCUGGUGUUCGCUGGAGCCAUGUCCCGAUUCUUCCCUGCUGGAGCGCAAGCGGACGCGGGAGUCUCCAGAGUGUGAGAACUUCUUGGAGGAUGGGCUGAGUAGUGUCUGUGCCUCAUCACAGGGUGUCCUUAAAAGAGAGUCCGGGAGCGAGUCUGACCUCUUCCCCUUGGCUGGUGAUGGGAUGGAAGACCUUGUCUUUGGAAAGCCUGAAGAGGAGCAGUCUGCAUGCGAUGUCACCAGCUCCAGUUCCUCUGCAGAUGACACCAUGUCCCUGGAGAGGAACUCCUCCCUGGGCAGCGACACGUCCCUUCCCUUCCCGCCGACAGUCAACUUUGUCCAGCCCAAGGACAGGCACAGCCUGGAUGGCAGCUGCACCAACAUGGUGGCCACAGAGGGAGGAGAGAAGGAAGAGGAGCUGGACAGUAUCACGGAUGUGCCCACUCAUUCCUCCGUCUUACGAAACUCCAUGCGGCCUCUGUCACCUUUCCGUCGACACAGUUGGGGGCCAGGGAAGAACGCCACCAAUGAAGCAGAAAUAAAUCAGAGGAGUUACAGCCUAGAAGGCCUUGCUGGAGACACUGGUGAGAACAAGAAGCCGUCUACAAACCUGGAGGCUUCUUCUCUGAGCUCCAAAGACCUCAGGCGGAGUCCGCUUGCCAGCAAUCAGUGCGGGUCCCUGGUCUUGCUCACUGAAGAACUUGAGCAAGGAGAAAUCAGAGACUACGAUCACCAGAUGCAUCAAACAUCGCAGCCGCAAGGAUUUAGUUUCUGUUCUUCCGCUGUUUCAUCUCCACUGACCAAAUCCAUGUCCCUGAUGUCAAUUAGUAAACCAGUGCUGGACAGUGAGUAUCUAAAUUCUCCUCCUUUUCAUUCCGUCUUCACAUGCACUUCAGCCGAAAUCACAAGUUCAACCUCUUCCUUUUUUGAUUUCAGCAUAUCUGAAGAGAGCAGCAGUGUCCCGGCUGGUAAAAGUGUAACAAAAGUCAGUCGCACCUUCAGCUACCUCAGGAAUAAAAUGUCCAGCAGCAAGAAGAGCAAAGAAAAAGAGAAAGAUAAAGAGAAGACUAAAGAGAAGGAAAAAGACUCCAAGGAGAAAGAAAAAGAUAAGAAACUGUUAAACGGACAUCUCUUCACUGCGACGUCCGUUGUAGCCCAAGCAACCUGUUACCACUGUAUGAAACCUUUCAAUAAGGAUUCGUACUACUGCGCAAACUGCAAUGCAAUUGUUCACAAAGGCUGUAAGGAGAGCUUUGCUUCUUGUGCAAAGGUCAAAAUGAAGCCACAGAGAGGGAUGCUACAGGCACAUGAUACCUCUUCGUUACCCACAGUAACCAUGAGAAACAAAAGCUCACAACCGAAGGAGCGCCCUCGCUCUGCCAUACUUGCUCCUGAUGAAAACACCGUAACCUCAAUAUUCAAUAACAGGAGAUCACAGCAGACUACAGCACUUUCGAAAAGUGUCUCCAUACAGAACAUCGCAGGAGUUGGGAACGAUGACAGCUUAAUACACACUUGGAAAUUCCUGUCACAGUCAACAGACUCCUUACAUAAAAUCAGCCGGGUGAAUGAAUCCAUGGAGUCACUGGUUGAUGAAGGUGCGGAUAUGAAUGAAGGACAGCUGAUGGGAGACCUGGAAUUAGAUUCCAAGCAGCUGGAGGCAGAGUCCUGGAGCCAAGUUGUGGACAGCAAGUUCCUACAGCAGCAAAACAAAGAUGUUGUCAAACGGCAAGAUGUCAUUUAUGAGCUAAUGCAGACUGAAAUGCAUCAUGUCCGCACCCUGAAGAUCAUGAACGAUGUAUACAGCGCGGGGAUGUUAAAGGAACUGCAGUAUGAUCAACAAGUUGUGGACAAGAUCUUUCCCUGCCUGGAAAACUUGCUGCACAUCCACAGUCACUUCUUCCAGCGGAUUCUGGAAAGGAAGAAGGAGUCAUUGGCAGACAAAAGUGAAAAGAACUUUGUUAUCAAGAGGAUAGGUGACAUCCUAGUGAAUCAAUUUUCCGGUGAGAGUGCCGAGCGGAUGAAGAAAACAUAUGGCAAAUUCUGCGGGCAUCACAAUGAGGCAGUAAAUAACUUCAAAGAUCUGUACUCAAAGGACAAGCGGUUUCAGGCAUUUGUCAAGAAAAAAAUGAGCAGCUCCCUGGUGAGGCGUCUUGGGAUUUCUGAAUGUAUCUUGUUGGUAACACAGAGAAUCACAAAGUACCCGGUCCUUUUACAAAGGAUACUGCAGUACACCAAAGAAAAUGAAGUGGAACAUGAAGACUUGACUCAGUCAUUAAACCUCGUUAAAGAUGUGAUUGCUGCAGUCAAUAGCAAAGUCAGCAAUUAUGAAAAGAAGAUGCGUCUCGGUGAGAUUUACAACCGGACGGAUAGCAAGUCCAUCAUGAGGAUGAAGAGCGGCCAGAUGUUUGCGAGAGAGGACUUGAGGCAUCGGAAGCUCAUCCGAGAUGGGCCUGUUUCACUAAAAAAUGCAGCUGGCCGGUUAAAAGAAGUCCAGGCUGUUCUCCUCUCUGAUAUGCUCAUAUUCCUUCAGGAGAAGGACCAGAAGUAUGUCUUUGCCUCACUGGACCAGAAAUCCACUGUGAUCUCUCUGAAGAAGUUGAUCGUACGAGAAGUGGCUCAUGAAGAGAAGGGUUUGUUCUUGAUCAGUAUGGGUGUAAAAGAUCCUGAAAUGGUGGAAGUCCAUGCCAGCUCCAAAGAAGAGCGUAACGGCUGGAUACAGAUCAUUCAAGACACAAUGAACACCAUGAAUAAAGAUGAAGACGAAGGAGUCCCUUGUGAGUCUGAGUUUGAAAAGAAAGUGUCAGAUGCAAAAGUGAGAGGACUGAAAGAACAACUUCAGCAGAAGGAUAAGCAGAUCCUCCUCUUGCUGGAGGAGAAGACUAAGAUCUUCCGGGACAUGGCAGACACUUCUGUGCAGGAGGACAUGCCAGGCUCCAGGCUGCUCUUCAGAGCCAACACAGAAGAGGCACCAAAAGGAGAGGCCAUUAUGAAAACUGCAAUAAAUGAAGUUGAACUCCUGCAAGACCUGGUGAACAGGAGCCUGGGCACUGCCCUCGGACAGCAGGUCAGCAGCACUGCCAUGGAACAAGAAGGAGGAGUUGGCCCCAUCUCCCUCCCUCGAAGGGCAGAAACUUUUGGAGGAUUUGACAGUCAUCAGAUGAACGCCUCCAAGUGUGGAGCGAAAGAUGAAGGCGACGAUGCUCAGGACCUUCGGAGAACGGAGUCGGACAGCAUUUUAAAGAAGGGUGGAAAUGCUAAUCUGAUGUUCAUGUUGAAAAGGAAUAACGAGCAGGUCCUCCAAACCAUUACCAGCCUCCAUAAAUUGCUCAGUGCUUUGCAGGGCGUCGUGCUGCAGCAGGACACCUACAUUGAGGACCAGAAGCUGGCUCUGAGCGAGAGGGCUCUGACCCGAAGCUUCUUCCGGCCGACCUCCCUGCUGGAGCAGGAGAAGCAGCGCAACCUGGAGAAGCAGCGCCAGGAGUUGGCCAACCUGAAGAAGCAGCAGACACAGCAUCAGGAGGAGAGACGGAGGAAAGAGAAGGAGUGGGAAGUCCGGGAGAAGGAGCUAGCAGAGCAGGAGGCCCACCUGGCCCAGCGAGAGGAGCAGGUCCAGAGAGGGUGGCAGGAUCUUGAGCGGGAGCGAGAGGAGCUGCAGGUGAAGAAGGCCGCCUACCAGCUCGACCUGGAGAGGCUUCGCACGGCGCAGAAGCAGCUGGAAAGGGAGAAGGUGCAGUUCAAGCAAGAUGUGGAGCGAUUAGCCCAGAUGCGGCAGGACCCUGACCACAACCAGGUUUCGAAUCUACAUGAGAAACUUGGAAGAGUCCCCUCCCAGUCCAGCAUCGAUGACUCCUCCAAGCAGAAGAGCCCUUCUGUUCCUAAACAAGGGCACUUUGAUGCAGAACUGUCUGUCUCCCCCAAAAGGAACAGUCUUUCAAGGACACACAAAGAGAAAAGCACUUUCCAUUUGCUUAGCACAACAAACCAGACUAACAAGGCAGCUGAGGAACAGCCCCAGAUGCCUACCCGUCUCUUCAGUUUAGCCAAACCAAAGGAAAAGAAGGAAAAGAAGAAAAAGGGCAGGGGACAUCGCUCCCAACAGUCUGAUUCUCACUCGUCAGAAGCACCUCCAGAGGGUGAGGAGAUCUUCUGCUGAGCAUGGAUGGUUGCGUUGGUCACUCUCGGCACUGGUACAGUGGACAUCUCCUGCCCGCUCCGCAGCACGCUGCUGGUGCCUGCACCUGACAAGCAUCUGGAGGUUUUAAAUAAAACACGUUAUGAAGUCUGUUAAGUGGUGGGAAAGGGCCUCUCUCCUGUGGUUUUGCGUGAAUUCUCACCGCAGAGGCUGACUUCACGGCAAAUAGUACCGUCUCUCUGUGCAAACCUUGGGUUCAAUGGAUUGGGAUAGAUGUUUGCUGUCUCUUCUUACUGCUAAAGGAUGAGAGAACAUAGCCUUAAGGGGUCUGUGCCUUCAAAUUCCCCUUUUCUGGGGGACGUAACCAAAACCAAGCAUUUAGCGAAAGAUUAGGACUCUACAAAUGGUGCGUACACACUGGCAUAUAUAGAUAUACUGUAUAUACACACCUAUGUAUCUAUGUAUCCACUGGGAUAUGCUCGCAGUCUGUACAGCCAAGCUUAGCUCGGCCCAUGGGGAUAGAUGAUACCUGAUGACUUUCAGGGAGCGUGUAGAUAUUAAAUAUCUUGCCCUUACUGCUCCGAGUGUAAUGCCGUUGCCUUGCACGCCCCUUUUGUGCUCAUG